AUGCGCGCUCGAACAUUUCUGAGCGAUGACGCAGGCGACCGCGAGCCUCAGGCUGAGGUGGAGGUAGAGGUGUCGCCACAGAAACACGACGGUGACGCGCUGCGUUGGACCAGAAACCACGCAGACAGACAGAAACAAGCUGCCUACGACCCGUUGUACGGUUCGCAGCAGUUUCGCGAUGGCGCAGGGGACCGCGAGCCUCAAGCUGAGGUGGAGGUAGAGAUGUCGCCACGGAAGCACGAUGGUGACGCGCUGCGUUGGACCAGAAACCACGGAGACAGACAGAAACAAGCCGCCUACGACCCGUUGUACGGUUCGCAGGCAGUUUCGAGCCCCCACGAUGGGCGAAUGGAAGGGUUUUGGUUGUGGGUGAGCUUACCUCGUUCGCACUAG